AUGGCUUGGGUUUUGGAACUAGCGCGGGGAAUACUCCUCAUGCAAUUGCUCCUGUUGAGCAGUUUGAUUAUCGCUAAAGCUGCUGAUCUAGAAACGGGUGUUAUCCCUGGUGCAUAUAUCGUGGAAUUCGCUGAUCAUUUAGACAAUCAUGAAAAUGCCUUCUUUUCAGAACUCUCAACGGCAAAGAUCUCCGCAAGACUUCGACUCAGCCUCUCCUCUUCCGUAUUCAAAGGCGCAUCAUUCCAUCUAGACGACACGCACGACGAACACGAUGAACGAAGAAAGAUUGAGCAAAUCGCCUCAUCGAAGUCCGUCAAAAAGGUCUUCCCAAUGCGCAAAUACUCGCUUCCAUACGAGAAAGUUAGCAUAGCCGAUAAGUACCAGGUUCAUUCUUCGCCCAAGCGGAAGAUCGAACAACGUGCCACCGACGACAACGUCUAUUCGCUGCACGCAAUGACCGGAGUUGACAAGCUGCGCGAGGAAGGAUUUACAGGUUCUGGCGUCCGUGUCGCCAUUAUCGACACCGGAAUUGACUACUACCAUCCUGACCUUGGUGGGUGUUUCGGCCCUGGAUGCAAAGUCGGUUUCGGGUAUGACCUUGUCGGCGAUGCGUAUACUGGUGAAAAUGAACCAGUCCCAGAUCCUGAUCCGUAUGAUAACUGUGGGGGGCAUGGGACUCAUGUCGCUGGUAUCAUUGCUGCAUCGUCCAACGCACAAGACUACUUCACUGGUGUUGCUCCGAAUGUAACAUUGGGCGCGUACCGUGUGAUGGGAUGUAAUGGAGCUGUCACGAAUGAUGUGCUCAUCAAGGCAUUUUCCAUGGCGUAUGAGUCGGGUGCGGAUGUCAUUACAUCCUCGCUUGGAGGAAGCGGUGGUUGGAGUGAAGAACCCCUUGACGUCGUGGUCUCAAACAUAGUAAAAGCCGGCAUCCCAUGCACAGUCUCAGCCGGCAACAGCGGAACAAUGGGCCCCUUCCACUCCUCAACCCCAGCAGGCGGCAUCGGUGCAACAUCUGUCGGCUCUGUCGACAACAAAGCAUACCCCAUGCUCCUUGUCCCGGGGACAUACAUUGCCAACGGCAUAGAUUCUGAGUUUGGCUGGGCACCAGGAAUCCUCUCCAAUAUCUCUGAGGGCGUCUACCAGCUCUACGCCUUAACCUACAACACCUCCUCCACGAAUGACGCUUGCCACGAUCUCCCCGAAGAACCGGCAGAUCUAUCAGAAUACAUCAUCCUCAUUCGCAGAGGUGGGUGCUCGUUCAGCCAAAAGGCAGGCAACGCAGCAGCUCGCGGCGCGAAACACAUCUUCUUCUACAACACCCAGCCAGGAACGAACCAAGCAUACGUCUACGCCCCCGGCAUCGAAUCCGCAGGAAUGGUCUCGCAAACGCAAGGAUAUAAAUGGAUCUCUCUCCUCGAGGCAGGCCACAAAGUCCAUCUUCACAUCCGCUCGCCUGCCCACGCGGGUCUGGUUAUCAUGGAAGAACCAAACUACACUACAGGCGGGCACAUAAGUACAUUCUCCAGCUGGGGCCCCUCAUAUGAAGUCCAGACAAAACCCCAAAUCUCAGCCCCCGGCGGCGUCAUUGCUUCAACGUACCCCCUCGCCAUGGGUGGAUAUGCCGUCCUCUCGGGGACAUCCAUGUCCUGUCCCUACGCAGCCGGCGCUAUAGCCCUCCUCCUCGAAGCGCGGGGGAAACUCGACCCUGCGACCAUCAACAACUUACUUUCCACCACAGCAACACCACAGCCCUUCCACGACGGCAUAUCCGAAUACCCCUUCCUGGCACCAGUCCCACAACAAGGAGCUGGCCUAAUUAACAUCUACAACGCCGUUCACGCAACAACCCUCCUCUCCGUCCCCUCAAUUUCCUUCAACGACACAACCCAUCUUCUCAAAGACGGUGGCUUCACCCUAAAAAACACAGGCCCAGCAGCAGUAACAUACGAAAUUGCUCACACCCCCAGCGCAACAUUCUACACCUUCACAACCAAAGGUUCAAGAUCACACUUUACAGCGGGCCAUCCACCAGAACUAAUCCCUCGCGGUGCAGCCCUCUCAUUCAGCAUCACAGAAGUAACAAUCAAACCCGGCGAAGAAGCCUUCAUCCACGUCUCCCCAAUCCUCCCCUUCAAUAUGACCACACAACGUAUACCAGUGUACAGCGGAUACAUCACCAUCAACGCGACAAACAGCGAGGACGAUGAGUCUCUCUCUCUUCCCUAUCUAGGAGUUGACUCGGCGCUAAAAGAUGCACCAAUCCUCAACAAGCGACACGUCUUUUUGACAUCGACUUCCAGGCCUGGUGUGCCGUGGGCGGGCCAUUAUCAGUUUAAUAUUCCGCCGCCGAAUAGUAACCGCGCGAAGUAUCCGGGGCUUCUUGCGCCGGCUGUUUUUGCGGAGUUGAAGAUGGGGACGGCGUUGCUGAGGGUUGACGUGCAGCCUCUUGAUGCUUUUUUGUUGAAUCAGAGUCAUAUCCCCAGGAGCAGAGUUAAACGUGCGUUCAAGUACAAUACAGAAAAGGUACUUGGGCAGGAAAUUCUCGGUUCAAUUGACGGUUUUCCGGCACACUACGUGCCAGGGCAGAAUGUUGCGGGUGCAUGGCAUGGGAAGUUGAGUGAUGGCACUUAUGCACCGGCGGGGAAUUAUACAUUUGUGGUGAGUGCGUUGAAGAUCUUCGGAGAUCCGGAUAAAGAAGAGGAUUAUGAGAGGGUUAAGACGGAUGUCUUUGGGAUUUGGUAUGGGUAG